AUCCCGAGAGGCCAGGAAUGAGGAGGCGGGACUGGCGAAGCUUGGAGGCGUGACUAGCACUCCCGAGGCGUAGUCACGGGGUAAGCUCCUCCCACUGUGGCCGAACCCUAAAGUAGAAUUAAUGGGCGGGAUUAAGUUGGAACCAGCAACCAAACACGAAUUCUUGAGAAAAGGUACGACCAAUUGGACCGGGGUGGGGAGGAGGGGCGUUGGGGAGAAUUUUAGCCAAUAGAGAGUAGAGACCAGAGUGGACUGUAAGAACGUCUUCCAAUCAGGAGCGCAAAGGGCGUCCUGGCUUCUUCCACUAGAGCCGGAGUAGGCCCGCCCAAACCUCCAGGAGCCCGCCAAUGAGGCCGGCGGCGGAGCCACGCUCGGCCAACCAGAAAGCGGAACCGAUGUCGGCACCGUUACUGGGGCGGGGCGUACGGUCCCCUCGCCACUAAGAUCGCGUCCGCGGCUUCCGAGCCUUCCAAUGCAGGACGUGGGCGAGCUCUAGUUCUCCCAAUCGGUGCGCGGCGAUGGAAAUUCAAACUGACAGCCGGUUUGGAAAGGCAGAGCGAGCGGAAGGGGAGGCAGAAAACGACGUGUUCGGUGACCGGGAUCCCAAAGUCGACUGAGCCCCCAAAGCGAGCCCCACCACCACCACCACCACCUCCAACACCGCACGUUCUGGAGCGGCCGCUCCGGGAGAGGCCUGGAGGGAAGGCCGCGGGGAACCGGGGGCACGAGGGGGGCGCGAGAGCCCGCACGCUGAGGAUUGGGGGCUGCCGCGGGAGAAGCGAAGCCGGGGGCCGGCUGGGACGAGCCGAGCGGCGGAGGUUCGCUGCAGGACUGCGGAGAAGCAGGGACCCUCCCGGUGGGCAGGGCUCAGGGCAUUUCCGAACCCUGGGAAGAGGAGAAAGAUUUCCUGGAAGAGGCGUGGGGCUCAGAAAAGCUCGAGGCCUCGCCAUUUUAUUUUUAGCCCCGGGGGAAUCCACCUAGGAAGGGUCUUGCUCUUUGGUUGCAUUUUUUCAAAUCCCACGCCACAUCCUUGCCCGGGACGCCAUGUCUACCAGCAGCUGUAGCUUCCAGGACCGGUGCGUGUCCAUCCUGUCUUGCAAAUUCUGUAAACAAGUGCUCAGCUCUCGGGGCAUGAAGGCUGUUUUGCUGGCCGACACUGACAUAGACCUUUUCUCUACAGACAUCCCUCCUACCAACACAGUGGACUUAAUAGGAAGAUGCUAUUAUACUGAAAUCUGCAAAUGUAAACUGAAGGACAUCGCAUGUUUAAAAUGUGGGAACAUUGUGGGUUAUCAUGUGAUUGUUCCAUGUUGCUCCUGCCUUCUCUCCUGUAACAAUGGGCACUUCUGGAUGUUUCACAGCCAGGCAGUUUAUGGUAUUAACAGACUAGACUCUACAGGUGUUAACUUCCUACUUUGGGGCAACUUGCCAGAGAUAGAAGAGAGUGCAGAUGAAGACAUGUUAGAUAUCUCAGCAGAGGAGUGUAUUAGAUGAAUAGGAGAAUAGACUUAUGAUAGAUAUAAUAUUUAGACUUUUUACUAUUUAAAAUGUAUAUUAAUGGAUCAACUUUAAAUUGUUAGUAAGGAUUUUCCAGUGAUUUCUUUUUUUAGAAAACCAAAAUGGGGCAUUUGUUGAUUUAUUUAUUUGCUGUCUUAAAUUAAUGACCUGUUUAAUUUGAGCCAAUGUAGUUCUUUUCUUCUACUUCUACUUCUUUUUCUUCCUCUCUCCAUUCAUCAGCCCAGUAUAGGUGUAUUCUUACCUUCACAUAAGAGACUUUUUUCAUGUGCCACUCAGCUACCUCCCAAUCUGGGGAAGUUUUUCUUACAACUAGAUGCCAGGCAUAUUAUUUUACAUUCCUGAAUAAGGGGCAUUAGUACCCACACAUAUAUCAACUGUGCAUAUAUCCAUGCAUAAAUCCACACAUAUAACCAUGUAUACAUAUGUGAUGCUCAACUUGGAAAUAAACCUUAACAGAGAAUUUUAAAAAACAAGCUGAUAGGUUUCCAUGGGUACUAGUUAUCAUAUGUUAUUUUGGUGACAACUACUUUAAUGUGGAGCAAGACUUUGUGAAUCAACAAAUAUAACACAUUUUUAAAUGUAUGGAGAAAUCCUCUUGAUUCCUCAGCAUGAUGUUAGAUAAAUGAAUUUGUCAGAAAAUUAUCAAUACAUAUACUCUGUACCAAUAUUAUUUAUUUGCCUUCUUCUAAAGUCAUAUGGAUACUGUAUUAUGAAAGCCAGAUAAACCAAACCUCUGUCUUUAAGUUACCUCAUUCUCUGGGGCUUUCUCUAUAAAUAGCAAAUUUUAAAUAUGAGUAAUCUCAGUCCCAACCCUUAAAUAGAAAAACAAAAACAAAAUCUAAAGAAGGGGUUUGUUUCAGCCCUUGUGCAUUAUAAAGAGAGUUGGUUCUUUUGCAAGCUACAUUCGGAGCCACACAGAAGUAGGAAACUGGGAUAGUGUUGGAUUCUGGUUUUGUGUAUAGCUAAAAUCAGUGUAUAGCCUCAACUAGUAUCUCAACUGUAGGUGUUUUGUCAAUAAUGAUACCAAAACAGACUGAGUUGCAGUUUUGUAAAUAAACUAUUGUCCUGAAAA